AGAAACAAUUACCACUAGUAUUAUUAGCUUGAUAUGAUAUAUUUACGUUUCCAGCUUUUGACCAUCCGUUCUAACAAUAGCAAAAGAAUCUCCAACCCAAACACGACAUGUGUCGUGGAAGCUCAUAGUUUGCUGUCUCUGCAGUUUUCCCAUUGAAAACGAGGGAUUACGCCCCCAGGCCCAAAGCCAAAUUCUCACCUUUCUUUCUCUAAUAUAGUUUUUUUCCUGUAGAAAAACACAAGCCAAUAUCUUUGAUAAAGGAAGAUAGUAAUACGGGACAUGAAGAGUUGUGCGUGUUUUUACCGCCCAGUGAUUGUGGCCAAAUCCAUCGACCAGAAAGACAUGAGCUUUGUAUCGACAAAUAGAGUGGCGUUCGGUGCUGGGGUUUUAUCUCAAGCUACAACAACCGCAGGGUCCAAGGGUUCAAAGGUUUUGGCUGUCAGAGCUUCUGCUGUUGAUUCCUAUGGGAGCUCUUCCGAUUUUGUUGAGCGUAUGGAAAAAGCUUGGCUCAUCUCUCAGCAACCAAGGCCAGUUGUUUGUUCUUCAUGCAACUCCAAGGGGCACGUUGAAUGCCAGUGGUGUAGAGGUACAGGCUUCUUUAUCCUUGGGGAUAAUAUGCUCUGCCAAGUUCCUUCUAGGAAUACCACUUGCGUGAUUUGUGCUGGGAAGGGAUCAACGUGCUGCUCUGACUGCAAAGGAACUGGAUUUCGGGCUAAGUGGUUGGGUGAACCUCCUCUUUCCAAAUAGUAUAUAAUUUCUCUGUUAUUGUCUGUUGCCAAAUGUUGUAGGUUGUAAAACCACCAUAAAAUUUAUUUGUUUUGCCCGUUGAAUAGCGUACCUUCUUUGUCUCCAAAUUGUAAUCUCACCAUGUAUUCGUACAAUCUUAUCUCCUUAUAAAUGAGAGAAGAAACAACAAUUGUUACUUA